AAUCACUCGGCCGUCCUCUAUUCUCUCUCCAUGUACUGAUAUCCGUCCCACGUCUUGAUAUCACGAGCUCCAGUUCAGCGCAGAGCCCUGCAGGCCAUAAAGAAUAAACCCUUGGCUGGUCUCAGAGCAGCGUGUGCAGCUCGAGCAAAUAACACCCCGGUGGAAAGUGCCCGCCAUGGCACUUCAGGCAGGUGGCCGCCGUGCCGCCUUCAUCUGCAAGCCAUGUGCAGCAGCAUUCUUCACGAGCAGAGCCGCAGGCAGCUCGACACUUCUGCCACCGCUACAAGGCUUUCUCUCACGCAAAUUCUCCGUCUCGGGCCGGUCACGGGCGUCCGCCGCCGCCGCUGCCGUUACCGCCAAGCCCAAGGGCCGCUCUGCCGUCAAGAACGUCACCCGAGAGCCCAGGACCUUCAAGCAGGCGCAGUUCACCCUCGACGACGUGCCCGGCCUCGACUACUGGCAGGCGCGAGCAAGGCCGCCGUUCUUCCGCGCAGACGUCUCGGCCUCCGAGUGCCACGCGACCGCCGUCAAGUACGCACGCCUCGCGCUGGCCGAUAAUGGGAAGAAGGACUGGCGGGACAGGCUCGUCCCCGAGCACGGCCUCUCGCUGCUCACACUCUACUACGUCGGUGCCUCCAUCAUCUCUGGCUCGGGUCAGAAGACGUACGGCAUGGGCCGGCACAUACUCUCCACGCUGGUCCUGCUAGACUACGAGCCUGCCGUCCUGACCAUGGUCCACCUCGCCCUGCGCCUGGACAGGCUGGGCCUGCCGGCGUGGCAGCCCGCAGAGAAGGCCUUCAAGACACUGCUCACCAAAAGCAUGAGCAGCAGCAGCAGUAGCAGCGGCGGCGGGCCCAACGCGGCCAACGCGGCCACCCUCGCCGGCCUGGUCGCGCGCAGAAUGUCCCUGGAGCCCUGGCCUCCGUACAACAACAACAACAACAACAACAACAACAACAACAACAACAACGCCAACGCCGCCAGCGUGAGCGGGGGCGAGACCAGGAACCUCGCCGCAAUCACCCAGGCCGCCAGCCUCAUCGGGGGCAGAGACAUGCGGGAGAGGGCGCUCGAGUGGUUCCGGCUCGCGGCGCGCAUCGGCGGCGAGGCCCCGGACGCCUGGGACUGGCAGAUCUCGUGCGCGGCCGGCAUGGCCGCCCUGUACGACGAGGCCGGCGAGUCCGGCCGCGCGCGGGACAUUUGGCGGUACAUGGCGGCGACGCUUGACGACCCCAGGGCGUGUUACCUGGUGGCCGUGGGGCUCGACGAGGGCGACCCGGAGCGCGAGCAGCUGCUUCUCAGGGCUGCCCUGAGCGGGAACGCGGACGCCACGGGGCAACUGGCGAGGCUGUAUCGCCAGAGGGCAACGACGGCGUCGCGUGAGGGCGGCGACGGCGCGAAGCACUAUGCCAUCAUGGCAGAUGAGUGGGAAGCAGUCGCCAGGGAAACAGGCACAGAAAAAGGGCAAUAA